GAAGUGCAUGAGCAUCAGCUGAUCCGUCUCAGCUCUACAGGAAGUCGCCUGCUGAAUCCAACAUGGCUGCUGUCUGCGAAUAGAGAAGGAGCGGUGUUGACUCGGUUUCGGUGUGUUAGCUGGUGUCGACAUCAUGGCCCAAUGUGUUCAGUCGGUGCAGGAGUUCGUGCAGGACUCGUUCGUCCCGAUGGUGGCCGUCUUGUGCAGCGAGGAGGCGGAGAGAGUGACCCGCAAGAACAAGCUGGGCUUCGCGGAGCUGCUGCGGCCUUUCUGCAGACUGACGUCCGAAGGUCACAUCCGGGACCCCAAUAACCAGGUGCAGGUUGUGAAAAACCUGCGCAUCUGUGUCAACAACGUGGUGACGAGCCCCACCCCCGCGUCCGCUGCCUCCAGCCCCGCCCUGCGGCGACUGCUCAACGACGUGGUGCUGUCCUGCCAGCCACAGGAGGGCGCUGCCACCAACGUCCUCACGGCAGGAGACUAUGACCUCAGCUUCAGUGAUCACUCUGUUAAAGCUAGCCUACCCUGGUACAGUGCCUGGAGAGAAACACUGUUGGAAGUCAGCACCUCCCAGCACCACACAGGUAUCCCAGGUAUCCCAGCUACCACGCCCUGGUUCGAAGCCUACAGGGAGAACUUCCUGCAAUCGAUGCCCGCCUCCGACCACGAGUUUCUCAAUCACUACCUCGCCUGCCUGCUAGUGGUGUCCUCCACAGAGGCCGUCCCGGUGGAGCAGUUCCUCAAGCUCUCCCAGGAGCAGCACAGGAUCCAGCACAGCGGAGAGUACACCAACCCCAAGUGGUUCAUCCCCAACACGCUCAAGUACUACGUCUUACUGCACGACAUGAGCGAGGGCGACGAGCAGAGGGCUGACUCUGUGUAUGAGGACAUGAAACAGAGGUACGGUCAUCAGGGCUGCUAUCUGUUGAAACUGAACUCUCGUACGUCCUCGGCAGAAGAAGAUGAACAGAUUCCAGACCCCUGGAGUCAGUACCUGCACAGGAACACUCUGCAGAACCAGGACGUGCUGGACGAAGGAGCUGCAGCUGGGAGCGCUGCUGCUGCUGUAGAGAACAACAUCAGUGCAGCUGAGGGGGAUGGCCAGCACCCAACAGAGAAAGACGGAGCGUCCCCCAGCCUGGACAGCCAUCCUCUGCAGCUGGACCCAGCCAGCAGCUCGGGGAGCCUGCACGCCCUCACCGCUGCUAACGCUGAGGUGAAGAGAGGCGCCAGAGAGCCAGAGGGCCCGGCGGUGGGCGCAGGGGGCCACGGCGCCUGUCUGACCCUGAAUGACCACGACCACAUCAGACAGUUCAUCCAGGAGUUCACCUUCAGAGGCCUGCUGCCACACGUAGAGAAGAACAUCCGACAGCUCAACGACCAGCUGGUCUCCAGGAAAGGGCUGAGUCGCUCGCUGUUCACGGCCACCAAGAAGUGGUUUGGCGGAGGGAAGGUUCCAGAGAAGAGCAUCAGUGAGCCAAAGAGCACCUGUGGCCUUCUAUAUCCCCCAGAAGCCCCGGAGCUGCAGAUCAGGAAGAUGGCCGACCUGUGCUUCCUGGUGCAGCACUACGAGCUGGCCUACAGCUGUUACCACACUGCCAAGAAGGACUUCCUGUCGGACCAGGCCAUGCUGUAUGCCGCAGGAGCACUGGAAAUGGCUGCAGUGUCAGCCUUCCUGCAGCCUGGAGCUCCCAGACCGUAUCCAGCACACUACAUGGACACCGCCAUCCAGACGUACAGAGAUGUCUGCAAGAACAUGGUGCUGGCUGAGCGCUGUGCAUUACUCAGUGCUGAGAUCCUCAAGAGUCAGGGCAAAUACUCGGAGGCUGCUACGCUCCUCAUCAAGAUGACCAGCGAGGACUCUGACCUGCGCAGUGCUCUGCUGUUGGAACAGGCUGCCCACUGCUUUAUUAAUAUGCGGAACCCUAUGGUGCGCAAGUUUGCCUUCCAUAUGAUCCUGGCUGGUCAUCGUUUCAGCAAAGCGGGACAGAGGAGACACGCGCUGCGCUGCUACUGCCAGGCCAUGCAGGUGUACAAGGAGCGGGGCUGGUCCCUGGCAGAGGACCACAUCAACUUCACCAUCGGCCGGCAGUCCUUCACCCUGUCCCAGCCGGAGAACGCGGUGACAGCCUUCAGACACAUCCUGACCAAUGACAGCAGGCAGACGGCCACGCAGCAGGGCGCCUUCCUCCGAGAGUAUCUCUACGUUUAUAAGAGUGUGAUGGGGGGGGAUGCAGACAGCCUCCCAGAGCUGCCUCUGCCUUGCAUCCACAGCUCAGCCACCAGGGUCUACUUCGGACAUGAACGCCGCCUUGCAGAAGGGGAGAAGCAGGCAGCCACCCACGUGUCCCUGGACCAGGAGUAUGACCAGGAUACGGCAGCCAUGUGGGGCCACCUAGAGGAGCAGCUUGUGGCCUCCGCCAACAGGGGGACUGUCCCAGCAAACUUCCAGCCCACCCAGUGCUGCCUGAACAGCCAGACAGACAACCUGCGCCACCCACUGGCUGUGGCCGAGGAGCCAAUCAUUGUGGAGGUGACGUUCAGGAACCCUCUGAAGGUGCCUCUGGCUCUGUCCAACCUGUCUCUCCUCUGGAGGUUCACUGCCGACGGCGCGUCUCCGUCUCCGUCGCAGGACAGGACCACGGAUUGGUCGGCAGCAGAGGCCGUCACCAACGAGGAGACGGUGUCUGUCGGGAUGGCACAAAGAGAUGACGUGGUCGCCACUGAGAUCAUCGUGGAGUUUCUCCUGGGGCCAGAGGAGACCAAGAUGGCGCGACUCCGGCUGCUACCACACGCCACUGGCCAGCUGCACAUUGUGGGCGUGGUGUACAACCUGGCCGCAGCGUCCCCUGGAGACACGGCUCCCAGCACUGAAGGCCAGCAGAUGCUGGAUCUCAUGGUGGUUCGGGGCAGACAGGACCUGAAGAUCCGCGGCCCGCGCCUCAACCAGACCAAAGAGGACAAGAUGGUGAUUCGACAUGGCUUAGACCUGCGUCUGGAUCCCAUCAUAACUCCACCCAUGCCCCUGAUGGAGGUCUUCUUCCUGCAGUUUCCCACGGCGCUGCUGUGCGGUGAGAUCAGGAAGGCCUACGUUGAGUUCUGUAACGUCAGCAGCGUUGCUCUGCGCGGCCUGCGGGUGGCGUCCACACACCCAGAUUUCUUCACCUUCGGCAGCCAGACCACGACGCCCGUCACGCCCCUCAGCCCGACCUCGGCUGAAAACUGCUCGGCCUACAAAACGCUGGCCACGGCGCUCGAGCCAGGCUCCGUCGCGUCCGAGAUGUUGGUCUCAGCGGAGGACUUCAGCCAGCCGUCCGGUGUGAUGGACAUCCCCAAGGAUGGCAGCACGCUGCAGCCGGGGCAGUCCACCCAGCUGCCUCUCUGGCUCAGAGGACCAGACCAGGAGGGAGUCCACGAAAUCAACUUCCUGUUCUACUACGAAAGCACAGAGAAAGGAAUCCGAAUCAGUCAUCGGGUGUUGCGUCACACCGUGUUCAUCUGUGCCAGCCGCUCCCUGAGUGUGCAGGCGUCGGCCUGCCGCAGCAGCGUCCCUCCACACCACGGCGUAGAAGACAGAGGCGGCGCUGGAACGCUGGUCUUUGUCGACGUGGAGAACAUCAACACGAGUGAAGCUGGCGUGCGCGAGUUCCACAUCAUCCAGGUGUCGAGCAGCAGUCAACACUGGCGCCUCCACAGGUGUAUCAACCCGGCCAAGGACAAAGACUGUAAACUCACCAGCAGAGAAAGAGCCAAGCUGUGUUUCAGGGCCACUCGAUGCAAGCCCCACCAAGCUACCUCGGACGCCGUAGAGAAAUACACCUUUGCAGACCUGAAUCUGGGAAAUGAACGGAUCAUCAGCUCUUCCACGCCCUGCGGAGAUUUCUUCUUCCGGGGCUGUCGCCCCUCCGAGUCUCAGCGAGCGGACGAGGCGCCGUCCAGGACGUCCUGCAGCAGACAGAGUCAGUGUGUCCCCGCUGAGGACCGAGCCGCUGACCUCAGCAGCAUUGUCAGGAAGUGUAACGAGCUGGACCUCAACAUCAUCGUCAUCUGGAAGGCCUACGUGGUGGAGGACAACAAACAGCUGAUCCUGGAGGGCCAGCUCCAUGUGGCGCUGCAGAGCAUCGGCAAGGAGGCCAGCUCUCUUACUCCUAAAGAGGAAGCUCAGGAGAUGGUGUUGCUCAAGUUUAAAUCAGAACUCCCUCCUCCGGCCGUCCCGCAGUCUGCAGAGCUGUCCCAACUCAUCAAGACUAACCUGCACUACCCCGAGAUCUACACACACCCGUUUGUCCAGGACAGUCUCUGUGUGGUGCCGGUGUCUCUCACGCUGUCCAACUGCUCCUCGGCUCAGGUGGACGUCCUCAUCGACCUCAGGCACAGGAGCACCAGCGGCGAGUCUCUGGAGGUGCACAGCUCGUUCACCUGGGUGGGCCAGACGCAGUACAAGCUGCAGCUGCAGCCUCAGCAGGUGCUGGGCCUGACCCUGCGAGCCUGCUUCCUCCAGCCGGGAGUCUACAACCUCAACACGCCGCGAGUCUUCGCCAAGCCGGCCGAGCAGGGCGCCAUGUGCGAGACGAGUCAGCAGACGGCCAGUCCUGCUCUCAUCAUCAUCAGCAGCAGCGCCUGAGGACACAGGGACAGCAGGACACACACACACACACACACACACACACACACACACACACACACACACACACACACACACACACACACACACACACACACGUCUGUACAGUUACUGAGGUAGAAGAAGGUGUAUUUAAAACAAACAGCUGCAGUUUAUAGCAAUGAUAAGUUCAUGGAGCUCAGAAGGAUUUAGUUUCGUCAUCCGAGAAUCAAAGAGUUUCACCUGCAUGUUCCUUUCUGUGUACCAGUCUCUCUCAUACACUCUCUUACACACACACACACACACACACACACACACACACACACACACACACAC